UGAGAACUUUGCCCCGCUCCCGCCCCGUGUCAGCAGCCCAGCCGACACCAAGGGCCUCACCAUGGCCUCCCAGCACCGGGGGCUGGCCCUCUUCGGCCUUCUGCUCAGCCUGCAGGGGUCUCUGGCGGCAGUCUUCAUCACCCAGGAGCAAGCCCACAGCAUCCUGCACAGACAGAGGCGUGCCAACUCGCUCCUGGAGGAGCUGUGGCCGGGCUCCCUGGAGAGAGAGUGCAGGGAGGAGCUGUGCUCCUUCGAGGAAGCCAGGGAGAUCUUCAAAAACCUGGAGAGGACGGAGCAGUUCUGGAUCUCAUACAACGACGGGGACCAGUGUGCCUCGGGUCCCUGCCGGAACGGGGGCUCCUGCGAGGACCAGCUUCAGUCCUACGUCUGCUUCUGUCCCGAGGGUUUCGAGGGCCGGAACUGUGAGACAGACCAGAAGAGCCAGCUGAUCUGCACAAAUGACAACGGGGGCUGCGAGCAGUACUGCACUGACCACGCAGAGGCUGGGCGUUCCUGCUGGUGCCACAAGGGCUACGCACUCCAGGAGGACGGGGUGUCCUGCGUGCCCACAGUUGAAUAUCCAUGUGGGAAAAUACCUGUUCUGGAGAAAAGAAACAACAGCAACCCCCAAGGAAGAAUUGUGGGGGGCAAGGUCUGCCCCAAAGGGGAGUGUCCCUGGCAGGCCCUGCUGAAGCUGAACGGGGCACUGCUGUGCGGGGGAGCCCUGCUCGAUGUCACCUGGGUGGUCUCUGCCGCCCACUGCUUCGACCGGAUCCGGAACUGGAGGAACUUGACAGUGGUGCUCGGCGAGCACGACCUUGGCCAGCGUGAGGGCGAGGAGCAGGAGCGGAAGAUCGCUCAAAUCAUCGUCCCCGACACGUACGUACCGGGCAAGACAGACCACGACCUGGCCCUGCUCCGCCUGGAGCGGCCUGUGGCCCUCAGCGACCACGUGGUGCCCCUCUGCCUGCCCGAGAAGACCUUCUCCGAGCGGACGCUGGCCUUCGUCCGCUUCUCGGCCGUCAGCGGCUGGGGCCAGCUCCUGGACCGCGGGGCCACGGCACGCGUGCUCAUGGCCAUCCAGGUGCCCCGGCUCCUGACCCAGGACUGCCUGGAGCAGUCGCGCCUGAGGCCGGGGUCGCCUGCCCUCACGGACAACAUGUUCUGCGCCGGCUACCUGGACGGCAGCAAGGACGCCUGCAAAGGGGACAGCGGGGGCCCGCACGCCACCCACUUCCGGGGCACGUGGUACCUGACGGGCCUUGUCAGCUGGGGUGAGGGCUGUGCGGCCGCUGGUCACUUCGGGGUGUACACCCGGGUCUCCCGCUACACGGCCUGGCUCCACCGGCUCAUGGACUCCCUGCUGCCCUCAGAGGGCCUCCUCCAAGCCCCGCUCGCCUACGUGGUCAGCGCAGUGCAGGCCAGCAACGGCUCUCCUGCCCGGUCACCACCAGGUCCGGGCUCCAAUCAGGAGGCCGUGAUAAGCAGGACAAGCAGCCACCCUCGAGCCAGGGCGAGUGACCCUUGUCCCGAGGCCUGUCACAGCAAGGACGAAGACACUGUCCUCGGCCACAGUAUGGCGGGCCUGCUGUGCCUUGUCCUGCUCAGCACCUCCCUGGCCAGCCUGCUGCUACCGGGGGGCAGUGUGUUCCUGGACCGGGACCGCGCCCACACAGUCCUGCAGAGGGUCCGGAGGGCGAACUCGUUCCUGGAGGAGAUGAAGAAGGGAAACCUGGAAAGAGAGUGCGUAGAAGAGACUUGCAACUACGAGGAGGCCCGCGAAGCCUUCGAGGACACGGAGAAGACGAAUGAAUUCUGGAAUAAAUACAAAGAUGGUGACCAGUGUGACAGCAGUCCUUGUCUGAAUCAGGGCACCUGUAAAGACGGCCUCGGGGAGUACACAUGCACCUGUGUGGAAGGGUUUGAAGGCAAAAACUGUGAAUUACCCCUGCGCCAGCUCUGCAGCCUGGACAACGGGGACUGUGAGCAGUUCUGCAGGGAGGAGUUUAGCUCCGUGGUGUGCUCCUGCGCCAGGGGGUACGUCCUCGGGGAUGACGGCAAGUCCUGUGUCUCUACAGAGCCCUUCCCCUGUGGGAAACUCACGCUGGGACGCAGCCGAAGGUCGGCCACCCCCAAGACUGAGAUCAACCUGCUGGAGCAGGACAACCCCAAAGACCUGGGCCCCACCGAGAGCCCUUCCUUCCUGCUGCACCUCAACGAGACAGAGCCGAGCCCCGAGGAGGACGAGAGCAGCCUGGUCCGCAUCGUGGGCGGGAGGGACUGCAAGGAGGGCGAGUGCCCCUGGCAGGCUCUGCUCAUCAACGAGGAGAACGAGGGCUUCUGCGGGGGCACCAUCCUGAGCGAGCACUACGUGCUCACGGCGGCCCACUGCCUCCACCAGGCCCAGCGGUUCAAGGUGAGGGUCGGCGACCGGGACACGGAGAAGGAGGAGGGCAAUGAGAUGGUGCACGAGGUGGAGAUGACGGUGAAGCAUGGCAAGUUCGUGCGGGAGACGUAUGACUUCGACAUCGCGGUGCUCAAGCUCCGGACGCCCAUCAGGUUCCGCCACAACGUGGCCCCUGCCUGCCUGCCUGAGAAGGACUGGGCCGAGGCCACGCUGCUGACACAGAAGUCGGGCAUCGUCAGCGGCUUCGGGCGCACGCACGAGCGGGGUCGCCUGUCCUCCACCCUCAAGAUGCUGGAGGUGCCCUACGUGGACCGGAGCACCUGCAAGCUGUCCAGCAGCUUUGCCAUCACCCCCAACAUGUUCUGCGCCGGCUACGAUGCGCAGCCCGAGGACGCCUGCCAGGGCGACAGCGGCGGCCCCCACGUCACCCGCUUCAGGGACACCUACUUUGUCACCGGCAUCGUCAGCUGGGAGGGGUGCGCGCGCAAGGGGAAGUACGGGGUCUACACCAAGGUCACCAAUUUCCUCAAGUGGAUUGAGAGGUGCAUGACAGCCAGGGCGGAGGCCCAGGUGUGAGCGCCCCAUUAAAGUCCUCCCAGCCCGACCC